AUGAAAUGGAUAGAAUUCUGGCAAUCCUUUGAAAAUUCAGUUCACAAGAAUUAUAACCUCAGCAACGUUGAUAAAUUCAAUUAUUUGAGGAACAAGUUAGUAGGUGAAGCUAGGAGUGCUAUAGCCGGGUUAGCACUGUCACAUGAAAACUAUACUAUUGGCAUCAAAAUCCUGGAAGAAAGGUUCGGGAAUGUUCAGGAGAUCAUAGAUAUUCAUUACAGCAAACUUAUGAAUCUAAGAACAACUAGCAAUUCUGUAGACAGUUUGAGAAGUUUCAUGGAAACAGAAAAUAUACAUCUCAGAAGUCUGGAAGUACUUGACCAGAAUGUAGACCAAGAUUUGAUCAUAUCUGUGAUAAAGUCUAAGUUACCUAGUGCUGUGAUCGAACACCUUGAAAUACAGAAAGGAGCAAAGCAGAAAUGGACAACGUCUACACUUCGUGACUUGUUGAAUGAGUAUGUUAUUGCUUGUGAAAAGGCAGAAAAGGCGAAUACAGAAAGUGGGAAAGUAACCCAGAACAAGUUCAACAACCAAACAAAGCCUGAUCAGCGGUAUAACAGACCAAAAAACUUGGACUCUAACCGACAUCAAGCAAAGGGUACAGCAGAAGCCCUCACUGUCAAUCCCCAACCAAAACCACGGGAAAAACCUUAA